CUUUAUCUCAUGUUGUAUGAUGAACCACUUGGCACACAAUUCCUCAUGUAGAGGGAGUGGACUUCAUCGUUGGCACACCCACAUUAGUCUCUGUGUUCGUUCUGUGACCGCCGGCAGUUUUUAAAGUUCGUCCUCAGUGCAGGUCAACAGAGCAAGAACAGCUUGAGUGCCAUGGCUGCCUUUCUACACCAUUGCCCCUUCCUGAAGUCGGCCCCAAAACCCGCUCUGCGGCGGACCGGCGCGGCUCUGCUCUCCCUGGCCGACCGGUGCCCCAUCAUCGCUCGCCAGAUCACCGUUAAAACCGACAUGUACGCCGCGCCCAGCCAGGCAGCGCCAAGGCACUGGGCUCUGGACCAGAGGCGGUGGUACGCCCAGUCCGCCGGCCAGGUCGCUGUGUCCCUGGCGAAGAGCUGUCCCUUCGUGGCCUCCGAAAUACGAGUGGUGCGGGCAAGCUCCGAGGUACAGGAGGACGUACAGCAGGACUCCAAACCAGGUGUGAUGGCCUCUCUGCUGAACGGUCUCACGGGUUUGGUUCUCCAGCCGUCUCAGGGCCCUGCCGCCCCCACCGCCUCCCAGCUGCUCCAGGACAACAUCAUCAGCGGCAGCUACGACUACAACCGCUUCUUCGAGGACAAGAUCGCGGAGAAGAAGAACGACCACACGUACCGCGUCUUCAAGACCGUCAACCGCGACUGCGAGGUGUUCCCGUUCGCCGAGGACUACUCGCUGCCGGGGAGGGAGGGCGCCCGGGUGUCCGUGUGGUGCAGCAACGACUACCUGGGGAUGAGUCGACACCCACAGGUGCUGAACGGAAUCAGCGAGGCCCUGGAGAAGCAUGGAGCAGGCGCCGGGGGAACCAGGAACAUCUCGGGCACCAGCAACAUCCACGUGACCCUGGAGAGGGAGCUGGCCGAGCUGCACGGGAAGGGCGGCGCGCUGGUGUUCUCCUCCUGCUUCGUGGCCAACGACUCCACCCUCUUCACCCUGGCCAAGAUGCUGCCCGGCUGCGAGAUCUACUCUGACGCGGGGAACCACGCUUCGAUGAUCCAGGGCAUCAGGAACAGCGGCGCCAAGCGCUUCAUCUUCCGCCACAACGACAGCCAGCACCUGGAGGAGCUGCUGGCGCUCUCCGACCCCAAGACUCCCAAGAUAGUGGCCUUCGAGACCGUGCACUCCAUGGACGGUGCGAUCUGCCCCCUAGAGGAGCUGUGUGACGUGGCCCACCGCCACGGGGCCCUGACCUUCGUGGACGAGGUGCACGCCGUGGGGCUGUACGGGGCCCACGGCGCCGGCGUGGGCGAGAGGGACAACGUGAUGCACAAGCUAGACAUCGUCUCGGGGACCCUGGGCAAGGCCUUCGGUUGCGUGGGCGGCUACAUCGCCAGUAGCGCCGCCCUGGUGGACACCGUGCGCUCCUACGCCGCGGGCUUCAUCUUCACCACCUCGCUGCCCCCCAUGGUGCUGGCCGGGGCGCUGGAGUCGGUCCGUGUUCUGCGCAGCCCCGAGGGCCAGGCCCUGCGCCGCACGCACCAGAGGCACGUCAAGCACAUGAGGCAGCUGCUCCUGGACAACGGCCUGCCCGUCAUCAACUGCCCCAGCCACAUCAUCCCCAUCAAGGUGGGUGACGCCGAGCUCAACACCAUGAUGUGUGACGCCCUGCUGGAGAGACACAGCAUCUACGUCCAGGCCAUCAACUACCCCACGGUCCCCCGUGGGGAGGAGCUGCUCCGCCUGGCCCCCUCCCCCCAUCACGACGCCGCCAUGAUGGAGUACUUUGUGGAGAAGCUGGUGGAAGUCUGGCAGGAGGCGGGACUUCCUCUUGCCAACCAGACCAACAUUUCCUGUAAUUUCUGUGGCUCCGCGCUGCACUUUGACCUGAUGAGCGAAUGGGAGAAAUCCUACUUUGGCAACAUGGAGCCCCAAUACAUUACAAUGUCUGCCUAGUCCUUACCGCCCCGUCUUAGGCAUUACCAUGACCUCAUUGUCCCUAGCAUGAUAACCUAUUACUAUCAUUACCAUGAUGGCCUUAUCAUGACCAUUGGUCCUUUUCGUCUUUUUUUGCCAAAUGAUUACCAUGACAACCUAGUCAUUACCAUGUUUCUCUCGUCAUCACCAUGAACCUGUAGUCAUUGCCACCUCUGCCUUUGACAUUGUCUUCCUAAUCAUCACUCUGACAACCUAGUCAUUGACAUGACUGCCAAAUCCUCA